AUGUCUCGAAAUUAUGUUAAUCUGGCUGACUAUUUAUCAAUGCCAGUGCCGACACGUUCAGCAAUAAAAAAUGCAUUAGCUGUACAAGUAACAAAAUUACAUAUUCAAAUAAAACAGUUAAUCGAAACGAACGCUUAUCCUCUGACCGAACAUAUUCACAACGAAAUUACUGGCAAAAAAUCCCAACUGGAUGAAUUAGCAGCUGAAUGGGAACGCUUAUCCAGAGCUGAUGGAACAUUUCAUUAA